AUGUCUAUGUUCGAUAAAUUCAAGAGGGGUGCCCAGAGGGCUGGUGCACAAGCCUCUACCUUUAUUAACGCAGGCUCAACCACUAUUGCGAGCGGCUCGCGCGACUUCGUUCAGGGAUUCAGUUUGCCAGGAGAAGCAGACAAGGCGGCAAAGAUCCUAGCGAGUUUCCUGGCGGAUCCGGAGAAUCCGGAAUCUGCACUGAACUCCAUUCCAAAGGUGGUGCUUCAAAGAGCCCGAGGUCUUGCUGUGUUCUCCAUUAUCAAAGCUGGAUUUGUGUUCUCCGGGAAGGCAGGCUCCGGGUUAGUUAUUGCACGUCUGCCCGACGGCUCUUGGUCUGCACCUUCCUGUAUCGCCACUGGCGGCGUCGGCUGGGGGCUGCAGAUCGGUGCGGACCUCACCGAGUUCGUCAUCGUGCUGAACAGCGACGACGCCGUGCGUGCGUUCUCGAUGGGAGGAAACCUCACCAUUGGCGGCAAUAUCAGCGCUGCGGCAGGCCCUAUCGGCACUGGCGGCUCCAUCCAGGCUAGCUUGGCACACCCCGCGCCCAUGUUCUCGUACUCCAAAUCGAAGGGUCUCUUUGCUGGUCUCUCGUUGGAAGGGACUGCCCUCAUCGAGCGCAAGGACGCUAAUCGUGAUUUCUACGGCUCUCCAGUUCCCGCGCGAGAUAUUUUGAGCGGUCAUGUCCCCCCUCCGGAAGUUGCGUCAAAGCUAUAUGAGGUGAUUGAAGCCGCCGAGGGCGUCGACGAGGCCGGCUUGCCAGAAACUGCAUAUGUUCCCACUGCGAGCGGCGACCACAUGGAGGUGCGAGGAGGCGGCACGGUAUUCGACGCGGAGCAGUGA